CUUAAGUGACAAGGGGCCUGCCUGAGCCUGGCAGGCUGGAGAGGGGCCAGGAGAGGAGGUCAGGAUGAGACAGGGUGGAGCCCAGCUAAGGAAUUCGGGGAUUUAAGUCUAAAUUACUCGGCUGUGUAAAAGAAGUAGCGGGAGGAGUGGGAUGGCUAAGGAAUGUUUGUUUGAAGGUGAGAAAGGGCCUGCCCGCCUCUCUCCUCAAAUCGGCUUAGGAACGCGACCGGGCAGGGAAAAAGCGCGCGCUGCCUCGAGAAAUCUUGGGUCCCGGCGCCCGCCGUAGACGUCGUGAGAGAAGCACCCGUUGCCUUGGAGCCAGCGAGACGCGGCCAGGCCUUCGCGGCUGUGAAAAGACCCGGCCGUGGUCUUGGUCACCAUGUCGGUGCUGGACGUGCUUUGGGAGGACCGGGACGUCCGCUUCGACGUCUCCUCGCAACAAAUGAAAACAAGACCUGGUGAAGUCCUUAUUGAUUGUUUAGAUUCAAUUGAAGACACCAAAGGAAAUAAUGGGGAUAGAGCUAUUGGUUACAACUGCAUAUUGAAUAUUACAACAAGGACUGCUAAUUCUAAAUUACGAGGCCAAACUGAAGCUCUUUAUAUACUAACAAAAUGUAACACUACUCGCUUUGAAUUUAUAUUUACCAAUUUGGUUUCCGGAAGUCCUAGGCUUUUUACUUCUGUGAUUGCAGUACACAGAGCAUAUGAAACUUCUAAGAUGUAUCGUGAUUUUAAAUUGAGAAGUGCACUGAUUCAAAACAAGCAACUAAGAUUAUUACCACAAGAACAUGUAUAUGAUAAGAUCAGUGGAGUAUGGAAUUUAUCCAGUGACCAGGGAAAUUUAGGAACUUUUUUUGUUACCAAUGUGAGAAUCGUAUGGCAUGCAAAUAUGAAUGACAGUUUCAAUGUCAGUAUACCAUACCUGCAAAUUCGUUCAAUAAAGAUUCGAGAUUCAAAAUUCGGUUUAGCUCUUGUCAUAGAAAGCUCUCAGCAGAGUGGAGGAUAUGUUCUUGGCUUUAAAAUAGAUCCUAUGGAAAAACUACAAGAAUCAGUUAAGGAAAUCAAUUCACUUCACAAAGUCUAUUCUGCCAACCCUAUAUUUGGAGUGGAUUAUGAAAUGGAAGAAAAGCCACAGCCCCUUGAAGCUCUGACAGUCGAACAAAUCCAAGAUGAUGUAGAAAUAGACUCUGAUGAUCACACGGAUGCUUUUGUGGCUUAUUUUGCUGAUGGCAAUAAGCAACAAGAUCGUGAACCUGUGUUUUCAGAAGAACUGGGGCUUGCGAUAGAGAAACUGAAGGAUGGAUUCACACUCCAGGGACUUUGGGAAGUGAUGAGUUGAUCUUGAGUUGAACUGGAUUUCAGUUUAGAGCUAUCUCGAGAACAAAGAUGCUAGUCACCUGCCGUAAGGCAUGGAAUGGUUUUUAUAUUUACAGCUUUUAUAUUUAAAGCUUUUCUGAGAUUUUUAAUGAUUGAAGAAAAAGUCAUUUAAAAUGCCUGUUUUCUAAAAAUUAUAUGUAAAAUAGUAAUUGAAAUGUAUGUAGUUCGUAAAUGUUAAUUCUUUACCUAAAAGCUGUAAAGCAUUAGUUUUCAGACUAUUAAAUGACUGUAAGAUGUUGAGUUUAAUAAAGAAAUUAUGCAGCACCAUUGUUUUGGAA